GAUAAAGAGGUUGUGGUAAAACAUUUUAAGGAAUUACGGGUUCCCAAAUACCUUGAUACGGCCGAGGGUGGGGAGAGUCAGUUCUCCCACUCGAAAUGCUCUCUCUGGUUUUCAUUUUGUUCGAUUCAACUUCAAACCUGCGCACGUUUUUAUUAGAUCUUAAGUUUGUUACAUCUUUUUCAUCUCACUACUAUAUGUUAUUAUUCACAUCAGUACUGUGGUUAUCAACAAUCGGAGCAUCCAUUUAAUUUAUCUAGAAUUUUCUUAUGUUCUUUUAUAUUCUUUUGUUGUGUCCUUUGCAUUUCGAUAUCACCUACAUAAAAUAAGAUCAAAGAUAUUAGGUAAGUAGUUGCGACAUUCUAUAUAGAAUAGAACCACUGGUCCUGAAAAAUUCCUCAUGGUGGUCUUCAACUAGGCAUCUUGGACCCCACCGAUUUUUUCUGUCGUCGUCCAGUUAGAAAAUAUGUCAUCCGUCGAAGUAGACUGCUUCUUAUUUUAUUUUAUUUGAACACAUAGAUUUUGGUACAAGACGGCACCAAAUAUAUAUGCUCCACACAAAACAAUGAGAAUGGGAAGAGAAAACGGUAAGGAGUAUAUAAGAAAAAAAGAACAAUAACGACCAUAGAUUAGUGUUAGGUAAUGUAGUAAUAAUAAUAAUAAUGGGGGAAACGGAAAGGUACAACAAGAAGAAUUCUUUCAGUUAAGGAAGAUACAACCACCCUUUAUGAAGAAAGUAAAAGAAGUUUACAGCAGGAUCGCCACUAGCUUCUAUUCUGAGGCAUAUCUGAUAACGUCUCUAGCCACUGUGUUGCACCAUCCCUCGGACCCCAACCAGGGAAUCUUGAAGGACCAACAGAAGCCAGUCCUUUGCAACUUUCUUUCAUACCACGACAUCAUGUCAUACACUGACCACCUCUCCGCUUUUUCCAACCAGUCCUGGCGUCCGCAAAUUAUGACUGCUUCUUGUACCAAUUUUCUUAAAUUUAAAUAACAAAUAGACCCGGGUCAGGUUUAAUUGACUAAAUCGCCACCAACAAUCGUCUUUGUCUCAUGAAGCUAAAUAAUUUAACCGGAGUAAGAAGUGGUUGACACGAAAAGAGAAGUACUGACUUACGAUCUCAGGAAGAUCGCUACGUAGGUCCAAUACAAUAUGAGUCCUUUCACUACCUAGAUAAUUCAAAUGAAAUGAGUCCAAUAGAUUUUUAAUACCAAAUAGGAAUUCAAAUGCACAGAUCGGAUAUCUAGGAACAUUAUUAAGCAUUUUAAAUGUCCUAUGGGAAUUCACCAGUUACAGAUUUCUUAAAUUGCUUACAUGAAGACACCUUUACACAGAUAGUUAUACGCAUCUUGAGCUCGUUUUUAUUACCGCUGUUCGUAUUUUCUGAGUCUUUCAGCUACUUUUUUUUAUUUUUUUGGUAUUUGUAGGACCCCGAGGGAGGGACAUACCUGGCCCCUAUACAGAGUCUACCCCCAAAAACACUGGUUUGGGACACAAAGACCUUUAUUAUUCUUUCUACGCAAAGAUUUUCUGAUCGAAUACAUUUAUCAAAAGUAUUCAAACACAGAUAAUAACGUGGUUCUCAUUAUAUUUGGGUCAGUCAUAGUUAAACUCAAGCGGUCCUUUGUUACAAGCCAAUGUUAAGUGCUAAACUACGCUUUCUACGUGGAUUGGCUCCUGUCAGCUUUGAUGACUCGAUUCUCCAAUGUUCUACCUUACAAAAUAAGUAUGAAGUACCGAAAAAUCUCCAGUCAAGUUUUGUUACCUCAGAAAAAUUAUAUUCUCGACAUUUGCUACACUUACAGGAAGCAUAUCUCAAUAGAUUUCCAUUCACUAUUGCUAAUCCCGCUGUUACCGAAUUAGUCUCUUGUAAGGGCUCUACUUUCGUGUGUCGUAACAAGCCCAUAGAAACAAAAAAUCAAAGUUGUCAGACUGAAACACUUGAUACCGAAACAAACUUAGAAGCUUUAUCUACAAAAGUAGACCAAAUCUUUCACAAGUUAAACUGUCAUACAUAAGUGAUGCUUUUCGGCAUGUCGUUGAACAUAAAUUUGCAAACUUAUCUAUUUAUUUGGAAGCUAACGUAGUCUUAUUAAAUUCUCGUCUACAAUUAACUAGAUUUUUCUUUAAAAUAUUUUACACAAGUGAACAAUAGCACUUCUUGAAUGUUUACAAUUUUGUAAACAACUCAGUUUAAUGGUCAUGGAAUCCAUAAACUCAUUUUCUUUAUAUUAUGCUUUCACUUUUUUACAACUAUUGUUGUACAUCAAAAUCACUUAGUAGUAAAGGUCGCGUGAUAUCAUAGCUGUCGUUCCUUAUUGAAGUUCACUGUAUCUUCAAAUUAUUUACUUCCUUGACCUCUAAUUGAAUGUGUACUAUCAAUAUUAUUAUUAUAUUGGUUGCAUUACAUACAAUGGUAAUAAGAUUCUUUUGUAUAAUUGCUAAUCCACUGUAUCAUGUUCAAAUAAAUCGCCUGCUCAUUGUAUACCAAACUUCGUGAAUGAAGGGCUUAUCAGACCUGAUGACUAACGAUCAAUCAUCCUAUUGUUCGCCAGAGUAUGAAAUUUCUGAUAUAUUCAUAUGGUGUAAAUCUAAACAGGAGUUUAGCAGUUAAGAGCUAAACCUUUAACCAUUGAGUUACAGAAUCGAAAUUUAUUGUCUAUUUACACAAGUUGGCUGUAUUGUUGCAUUGUUACUCACGCCCGUUACACCUCGUAGAGGAUCGAAGGCUGCCCACCAGCAUAAUCCAUCCAACUCUGUCCUGGGCAAUCCUUUCCAGUUGCUAUUCAUUCUUUUGAUAUCUGCUUCCAGUUCCCGACGUAAUGUGUUCUUGGGUCUUCCUCUUUUCCUGUUGCUUCCAGGAUUCCAAGUUGGCACUUGUCUCGUGAUGCAGUUUGACGAUUUCCACAAUGUAUGUCCUAUCCACCUCCAUCUUUUUAUCUUUAUAUCCUUCUCAGCUGGUUUCUUCGCUCCCACAGUAGAGUAUCUUGCGAAGACAAUUGUCUAGAAUCACAAAUGUUCUUGCUAUUUAUACAAGUGGUCUUAUACGCAAAGCAAUUGUUUUGUUUAGAACCAAUAAUUGCUUUAAUGAGUUCUUUCAAUAUAUUAUCUACUCACGAUUUCGCCGACGGUAUUUAGUUCUAUUAAUAAAUAUUUUUUGUAUCUAGUUUACUCAUCCGUUUUUGUUUCUGUACAGCAUGCACUGAAAUCUAUUUCAGAAAGCAAGAUAAAACACUUCCCCAAAUUGUGGUUGGAUUUAGGGGAAUUAAACUAUUCACCAGCGCAGUAUAAUCUAGGUGUAUGGUACGAAAAGCAAGCAUCUGAGUGCCUGUCUCUUCAGGAUGGUCUGAAGCGACAUUAUAAUAAACAAGCGGGUCAUUGGUACAGUUGUGCUGUUCGGGGAGAUUCCCAUCCACUGGCUGCCUAUAAUUUAGCAUGUCUUAUUCUGGAUUCUGAAGAGCCCAUAAUCCAUUCGAACUCGUCAGAUAAACCUUCCACAUUUACAGUCACAAAUCUAAUGAAACUGGCCGCUGAUGGUAAUGUCAAACAGGCAAAGAAAUACUUAUCGGAACAAUGUAUUACAAAAACAUAGUUGAUUGGUCGAUCAUUUGAAAUUCUUAUUUUUUUUCUAUAGUUAUAUUAUUUUGAAAGCAUUUACUAAAAACUGCAUUUCAUGACAACUUUCUAACAAUCAUCUUUUUACUUUAGUAUUUUUCAUAUCCCUCAUUAUUACUUUGAAAUCUCAAUAAAAGGCAACUGGAAGAAAUUGUUUUAUUUUUUCUGAAUGGACAUGAAGCAUAAUAUAAUUCUAUGCCACAAAGCCAAUAUUAGUAUUAUUACUGUUUACCACUCCCAUUGUUUAUUAAGAGCAAUUCAUUUCGCAUUAUAAUAAUUUGGAAAGGGAGUUUUGAAUACUUCAGUUAUUACAGCCAACAUUACAAAUACGUUUGCGAUUUAAUUGACUGAUAAUGUAUAGGUGGAUAGUGCUAGCAAAAUACUGAUAGUUCAAAAAAAGAAAUGCUAGAUUAGAAAUUUCCGACGUCUUUACUUUAAAAACAAUUUUUAUAACUGGCAGUCAGAAUUACCAAUUCUUAUAUUUGAUUACCAAGCUAAAUAUUUCAUUUUCUGUCUAUUCUGGUUCACUUAGACAGCCACCUAUGGUCUGACCAACAAACUGGGUUCUGUAAUAACAUCUUCAAACCCUCAUCUUUCCGAUUACUGCCUAUACUCUUACUACCUCUACCACUAUGGAUGUGAAUCGACACGUAUCUCUGCUAAUGUGGUAUGGCAACUCGAACUGAUGUACGUACGUAUGAAGUUCUGUGUUGUUGCUGACUGACUGUUUUGAUAAAUGUCAG